AAGGCUUGCUCCCACGUCCACCUCCUGGAUACAGUCAGGUGGAAAAAUCAAGUUCUCCUUCCAGAAACAAGAGAGAGAGCCGAGGGGACAGCUGCUGUGGAGGUUUCUAAGGAGACUCAGAUUGGCUUCUUUCCCUGCUCCCUGGAGACGGCAGGAAACCUCAGAAGAGAAGAGAGCAACACUGCUACUUGGUCGGCAAGCAGCCCCCCGAGCUGGAUGGAAUGAAAGAUGCGGCCUGAUGACAUUAACCCGAGGACUGGACUGGUGGUGGCCCUGGUCAGUGUCUUCUUGGUCUUUGGAUUCAUGUUCACUGUCUCCGGGAUGAAAGGAGAGACUCUGGGAAACAUCCCACUCCUGGCCAUCGGGCCGGCCAUCUGCCUGCCGGGCAUUGCAGCCAUUGCCUUGGCCAGGAAAACCGAGGGGUGCACCAAGUGGCCUGAGAACGAGCUGCUGUGGGUCCGCAAGCUGCCCUGCUUCCGAAAGCCCAAGGACAAGGAGGUGGUGGAGCUACUGAGGACCCCUUCAGAUCUGGAGUCCGGCAAAGGGAGCUCUGAUGAGCUGGCGAAGAAGGCCAGCCUCAGAGGGAAGCUUCCCACCCAGGGGCAGAAUGAAGUACCUAUAGCCAGCUCCAUCACCACCCCCACGCCCACAGAAGAAGGAGAAUGCCAGAGCCUCGUCCAGAGCGGCCAUCGGGAGGAGACAUCCAGAUACCUGGACGGCUACUGUCCCUCUGCCAGUUCCCUCGCCUACAGUGCCUUGGACGCCAAGUGCUCAGCCUGGGACAGGUCUGAUUGCCCUGAGCCCGAGGACAGCAUCUUCUUUGUGCCCCAGGACAGUAUCAUCGUUUGCUCGUACAAGCAGAACAGCCCCUAUGACAGAUACUGUUGUUACAUCAAUCAAAGUCAAGGCAGGUGGGACCAUGAGACAAUAGUCUAGGUUUUGCAAACAGGAAUGGCUGUACUGAUAGAAACAUGACUACACUCAGCUCUCAGUGGAAUGAAACUGCCCUGCUCCAACAACCUUCCCACUGUUAGAAAGUGACUGGUAUGUGAUGGAUGUGCUAACCUCCAGUGCCUGAGAGCUGUGUAAAUAAGCAUGUUGGGGACACAUUCUAGGGAAAGUUGAUGAGGGUUAAGGACACUGGAAGAGACAGUGGAUAAGAGAGGAAACAGUUACAAUUGCUUCUGAACAAUUUAGAUCAUGUUAAUUUUUUUUUUUCAACUACCCCAGAUGUCCUACCCAGCACCUGCUGAAAGCAGAUAAAUCUAGACUGGGCUGUAUAUACCAGGCAUGAAAUGAUACAUGGAUUACCCAUAGGGAAGCAGCUGCCUUAGGUCUGCAGAAAUUGAAAGCAAAAGUGAUCUAAUGCCUCAUUAUAUGGAAUGGUUUUUGUCUGGCAAAAGGCUUUUCACACUUAGUGUUUACUAGGGACAAAAAUCAAGAUAAGAAUUAACUACAUCCCUCCUUAACUGGGGUAGUUUUUGGAGCAAGAGAAGUUAAAGACAGCCAAAUUAUGUAAUUGAGUUUUAUGGUAUUCUCCUCUGACAGGUCCAGGAAUCUCAAAUAAAGUGAAAUAACUAUGACUAGCUGUGUAAAAUUUUAAUAUUUUUAGUUGACUGUGUUGCUUCUUAAGCUCUUUAUUUCAGUUUAUGUUCUGGGUCUUUAUCCACAGUUUUUUUCUUAAUAUUUACUGCCAUUCUUGUGUG